GGAAUUUAGAUCCUCAACCACAGCCAUAGGGAUGAUCAGUGUUAGGACAGAUCUCAGCCGUUGGAUUAAGUUGGCGUAGGAUCCUCACUUCACUCCACGUGCAGCUCUUACCUUUCCCUCCUUUUAUCUUUGCUUCCAAUUCCAUGCAUGGAUUUCUCCUCCAAAUAUAACACUUUUUUUUGUUGCUUAUGUAAAGAGAGAGAGAGAGAGAGUAAAGAAAUCCAAUAGAGAGAGAGUAGAAUUCUGCUCUCUAUUGUUUUUUCCUCUUCAAAGUUUUUAGUUCAACCAAUUAGCUAGCAGCAAUGAGACAGACAUAGAGGGACAACUACUACAUAUCCAGUAGCUACCCUACUCUGUCUUUGCUUUUCUUAAACAUCAGAUCUUCUUGUUCUGCUCCAAAAAAUACAUGAAACAUUUUGUGGGUACCUCCUAAGAUUAGUUCAAUGUCCCAAAAUAGUUCAGAUUUUGGUUUUUGAUUUAGUUUCUUGAUCUGGGUACUUCUGUUUUUUCCAUCAGCAUUCGUGUUGGUUCAUGUUCUUAGAUCGUUUAGAUUACUGUUUUUGGUUCUUGAUCUGAAUCUUCAUUGGUUUGAUUGUGAUUCAGCUCAAUGGAAAAAGAUCAUGAAGCAAACUAUCUGUGUAAAUUGUGCAGCAAAAGCUUCCCUUGUGGAAGAUCCUUGGGAGGUCACAUGAGGUCUCAUGUGAUUUAUCCAACUGAUCAAGAAAAGGUUCCCAAAGUGAAAAGGGUGCCUGCAGGUGAUAAGGGUGGUACCAACACUUUAGUGGAGUCUGAUGGAGCUGCUUAUGGUCUCAGAGAGAACCCGAAGAAGACAUAUCGGUUUAAAGAUUCGAGUGAAGAUACUCCACUUCAUGUCAAUAAAAUUUGCAAGGAAUGUGGAAAAGAUUUUGAGUCUUGGAAGGCCUUAUUUGGGCAUGUGAAGUGUCAUUCUGAUAAAAUUACGCGUACUGGUGUGGUUGAACAAGAUUCUUGGACUAGUGCUGAUCAAUCCGAAAAUGGGAAGGCAAAGCCAAGGAAAAAGAGAUCAGUGAGAGGAACAAAAAGGCACUUUAAGAUGGAAAGCUCUGGUACUACUGCAACUUCAUCUUCUAUAUCUUAUAAUGCAAAUGCUUCAUCAUCUGUUUCUGAGAAUGAGCAAGAACAAGAAGAAGUUGCUUUGUGUUUGAUUAUGCUUUCUAAGGAUGUGACUAGUUGGAGUGGUCUAAAAUCUAUUGGUGAGUCCUCUGUUAAAACGAACAAAUCAGAAAUCAAAGCUGGUGGGCUAAUUAUGCUCAAUGAUAAACUGAAGUCUAAAGUGGUUGAGGAAUUGGAGUUCCAGGUGUCUGAAGUAGGGAUGGAGAGGACUUUGAUAAAUGCAAGUAAAUCCGAUGAGAAAACUGAUUUGGGAAUCAAGAAAAUUACUUCAAGUAAGAGGAAAUUUCUUGAUAUUACAGAAACUGAAUAUAAAGUGAAAAGCACUGAAAUGGUCAAGAAAGAAUUGGAUAAGAGGAAAAAAUACGAGUGCCCCUCUUGUAACAGGGCUUUCAACACAUUCCAGGCGCUUGGAGGUCACAGGGCAAGUCACAAGAAGAUGAAUGGCUGCUUUGGCAUGAAAAACGAUCACGAAAACGGGCCUGACAACAGUAGCCCCAUGGCUCAUGAAGUGACUGCAGAAGCAAGCAGUGGAACAAAGAAGUUGAGCAAGGAAGGCUCACAUGAAUGCCUAAUCUGCUUCAAAGUUUUUUCGUCUGGACAGGCCUUGGGCGGACACAAGAGAUCACAUUUGAUCGCGGAAGCCAAGCAGAACCAGAAUCAGAACCAGAACCAGAACCAGAACACAACAAGUAGCAGCAUUGUCAUAAAACCAGUUCCAGAGAUUCGCGACUUUCUUGAUCUCAAUCUGCCUGCUCCAGAUGAGGACGAUACAAGUACUUCUGAGCUCGGGUUUCGCCAAUGGUGGCUAGGAAGUAACCACCAUGAGACCCUGCUUGGUCUGCUUUAAAUUCACAUUCCAUCUUUUCAUUCAAAUACUGUACAGAUUCAUCCAUUCUUUGCACAAUUGCAUGGCUAUCACAUUUCAGUAACUGCUACAUUGUUAAGUCAGCCAACUUAUUUUCGAUUUUUUAAAUACUUUUGUUACAUUUGUAUCCAAUACUUAACAAUCCACUUCAUUUGAGCAUAAAUGCAAGUUCAUUUUCAAAUUUCAUUAUUUUCUUAGAGAUAUUUCCGUCCUCUCGGUCAGAUGAUAUCGUCCUUGCUCCGCUAACAGGAGAUCGAGAGUUCGAAAUGAUUUUUCCUUGGCACCGAAGAUAAUAAUGACAUGGCUAGGUGCAUAAACGGAUAGGUAGUUGAUGAGGGGAAUAAUGAGAUGAGAUAAUCAUAUAAGAAGGUAUGUUGUAUAUGA